CUGGCUAGGCUUUUAUCAUAAGCAAAUACAGGGCAGUGCAGGACAGUAUUUCACGUUACCUGUGAACGUGAAUGUCAAAUAAGUUCACAAGAUUGUAGCAAGUACGUACAUCUCGACCUUUGAGUCUAUAAUAGGCCUACGUGGAAAACGCUAUCAAAAGUUGGAAAUAACAUAACGUGCGCAUGUAUAAUGCCGAGCGUGAGCAAGCGAGAGCCAGAGAAUCUUUCCCAAUAGGCCUAGAUCAACAUUCAAACUAAACAUGGCAGAAUCAACGUUCACGGACCGGACUUUCCCGAAGGUAAAGAUUCACCUCCAUCUAGAUGGAGCCAUUCGACCAUCCACUAUCUGGGAGAUUGCACAGAAGCGUGAUAUUAGUGUUGGGUGCUCAUCUUUGACGGAGCUUGAAAGAGAGCUGGUGGAAUGGAAAUCGGGAGAUCUGAGCACAUUCUUAUCUCAGUUUGAAAGAUAUAUGCCAGUUUUCAUAGGGAGCCUCGAAGCAAUAAAGCGUAUCAGCUAUGAGCUGUGUGAGGACUUGUCUAAUGAAGGAGCGGUCUAUUUCGAGGCUCGCUACAGCCCCCACCUCUUAUCCAACUUACCUAGAGUAAACAUUUUUCAAGUACCCGAAGGCGACGUGACACCCCGUGACGUCGUCCGAGCAGUCAACGAAGGUAUCCGAGAAGGAGCGAAAGACUUCGGCAUAACGGCCCGAACGGUGUUAUGCAUGAUUCGUGACAAACCAGAAUGGUCUGCUGAAGUACUUCAAUUGUGCAAAGAGUUCAAAAACGAUACGGUCGUUGGUGUUGAUCUAGCAAACAAUGAAAUGCUGGAACUCUACUCGCAGCAUAUUAACGCUUUCAAGGGGGCUGAAGCUGCUAGCAUUCACCGUACAUGUCAUGCCGGCGAGACGGGACCAGCACGCAAUGUACGGGACGCCAUCGAAGUCCUCCAUGCUGAACGGAUCGGUCACGGUUAUCACGUCUUCGACGAUGAGAGCGUCGUGCAGCUUGCUAAGGAUAAGUCCAUUCACUUUGAGCUGUGUCCAACUUCAAGUACACGAACAGGAGCUCUGGAAGAUGAUUUCGACAAGCAUUGCGCUAAGAGGUUUCUCAGUGAAGGCAUGAAUAUAUCGAUAAAUACAGACGACCCGACGCUCUUUGGUACGACACUCUCGCGAGAGUUCGGUAUAGCUCGGAAGUAUUUCGGCAUGGACGACAGGGCCCUAGCAUUAAUGACUCUUAACACUGCACAAGCUACCUUCCUGCCUGACGAUGAGAAAGCUGUCUUAAUCCAGAGCCUCAGGGACAAGUUUAAGAAUAUUUUAUAAAUUAUAUAUGCACCCUUUCCAAAGUAUAUUAUCCUGUAUUUGAUUGUACGACAGUUGUUCGGCGACAAUAAUCCACGAUGAAUUCCCAACAACAACCGACUUCUUAAAUUUAGCUCGAGACCCAACACAAUACAAACCCUAAAACGGCUAAAUAUAUCCUAAAAUCCAUUUGCAACCAAUGCCCCAUUACGA